AUGAUGUGCUUCUACGACCAGCUCAAGGGUGACGGUCUCACUACGGAGACGAAGAACGCCAUCGAGGCUCGUCUUCACAAAGAAGGUUUCGAAGAUGUCACCUGGAACGGUAUCCGUACCCAUAUUACAUUCUUCACCAUGUCUGAGGCGGCCACUCCCAAGGGCAACGGCAAGUGGGCCAAUCCUGCCUUUCUGGAGGCUCUCCUGGUUGCCUUUUAUGGCGUCGCCAAGGAGAAUCUGAACAAGGAGGUCAAGGAUGCGCUCGUUGACAAGGUCCAUACCCAAGGCUUCCAGGAUGUCACCUGGGAAGCCAUUAGACUCAUCACAAUGUCUCGCAACCUUAUGAGAUGGACCUCUGAGGUCGACCAGCAUAUUCUCGUCGCGAUGGUCAAAACCAUGAACCCGACUAGCGAGCAAUAUGACGCCAUCUUGAAUUACCUUGAGCCUUGUGGUUACAACUUCACUGUCUCAGCUCUGAAGACAUACUUCAUUAUGGCACCUAGUACUGUCUGGGACGAUAAGGCUCAUGCAGACCUCUUGUUUGCGCUCUUGUCUGUGAUCAAGCCGACGAAAGAGGCGUGGGAUCAGGUCCUAGCUGUAGUUCACGCAAAGGGCUAUAUCUACACCUCUGGGGCUGUCAUGCAGCACCUCCAGAAACUUCAGAAGAAAGAGGUCACUGCCUCUGCUGACGGCGACGGUGGUGCUUCCGCUGCUUCUACCCCGGCCAAGACUCCCAAGAAGGCUGCUACCCCGCGCAAGCGCAAGACCCCGGCCAAGAAGGUUAAGUCUGAGGACGACAACAAUGAGGAUGAGGAGCAACCUGCCAAGAAGCCUCGCACUCCUUCCCGUCCCUCGUAA